AUGGCUACUGUCCAAGCUCUUCUCCCCUGGCUGGCCGUUGUCAGUCUUGUUGGCGGCAUCUACUACGUAUGGUAUCGCGUAUUCUCCUAUCAAGGAAUCCCAAAGAGCCUGGCUUUCGCCAACUCGGAUGGCUCCUUUUUCUCCCGCGGCCGGGCCUCUCUAGGCUCUGUCUUUGAAGUCAACUCUCUUCUAUGGGCUGGCCACCGAGACCACUCCAAGAAGGGACGCCCUUAUAUCCUCCCUGACAUCUUCACGGGCCACCAAGUCAUCCUACCCCCAGAGAACCUCCAAUGGUUGAUGAAGCAGCCAGCAACCGUCCUCAGCCAAAGAGAAAGCAACAACGAGUUCCUCGCUGCCAAGCACACAUUUCUCAAUUGCGUUGCCGCCGACGACAACGAAUGGGUCUUUGUAGUCAACCUCAUCAAAGACAUAACCAAAGAGCUCAACAACAAGACCAACGAUGUCAUUGAAGAGAUUCAAGCUGCCCUGGAUGACCUCUGGGGCAACGACACCACCAACUGGAAGCAAGUUGAGCUCCUGGAUGUCUGCCUGGAGCUCAUGAGUCGUAUCGUCAGCCGCAUGUAUGUCGGACUCCCGCUUUGUCGAGACCAGACAUAUCUUUCCAGUUCAACGCACUUUGCAAAGUUCAUUCUUGUGGAGGCGCUUCUGGCACAGCUGACGCCGAAGCCGCUUCGGCCGCUGCUGGGUCCUCUUUUGGCGCAGUAUGACUGGAUGCAGUUCAAGCGCAUGGACAAAUGCGUGAAUCCCAUCAUCAGGGAGCGCGCAAGGCGGUUCGGUAGGAUGGAAGAUGGCGAGAACAAGGAUCCUGAUCAGCCUAGUGAUCUCCUGUCUCGCCUGAUGCAAGAAGCGUACCGUCGCAACGACGACCCCUGCAGGUCGCAGAGUCACAGCAGCAAGCUCUUGGCCAUUCUCAACUGGGCGGCCAUCCAGGUCCAGGGCAUCACGCUUGAGAAUGCUCUGAUUGAUAUCGCCCAUGCCCCUCAGAGCGUCGAGAUCCAGGACAAGCUGCGAGAGGAAGCACUCGCUGCUGACGCCGCCGACCCUGCUGUGCGCUGGACUCGCGCAGAGGUUGCAAAGCUGCCGAGGAUGGACAGCGUCAUGACGGAGAGCCUUCGCCUCUGGGGCUUCGCGCACGGCAUCAUCAAGGUCGUCGUUGCUAAAGAGGGCGUUGAUCUACCCACGGGAGAGCACAUUCCGUACGGGGCAAAGAUUGGAAUCGGCAGCUACGGCUUGCAUCACGAUGCGGAGGUUUAUCCAGGAGAGUCACCUUUUACGUUUGAUCCGUUCCGGUUCUUGGAUGACAAGGCCGAGGCGCAGACGACGGGGCUGAAGUUUGCGGCUACGAGUGACACGUAUCUCGCCUUUAGUCACGGCAGAUAUGCCUGUGCUGGGCGGUUUUUUGCGAAUCAUCUGCUCAAGCUGUUGUUGUCGCAGAUUGUGAUGCGGUACGACAUUAAGCAUGACACGGAGCCUCGGCCUCAGAACCCUUGGUUCAGCUACGUCUCGCCGCCACCAAUUGGCUACAAGCUGUCUGCAUCAGCUACGUUGAUUUUGAUUCUGCACCUCGCUCAAAGAGAAUACGCUACCUCAGUGCCACAGAAGGAUGGAUGA